CACACGAGCGACAUCAUUCAUGACCAAUGAAUGAAUGAAUGCUCAGUGUAAAACAAAGGCUUAAACUCUGUGUUGGAGCAACUGGUCGGGCUGCAUUAGAUUCUGUAGAUGUUCCUAAUAAAGUGGACACUGAGCGUGCAGAUCCUGUGGCAGCUCUUCCGGUCUCUGACUGGCUGAUCCACUGAGACGGAUCUACCUGAGCUCAGCAGCUGCUGAUCGGAUCGGGUGCAGGUUCCUGAGGGACGUCCGGGAGUCUGGUUCACCUUUAACCAGGUGGGUCACCAUGGCAACCCGCCCCGCUCCGGAGCAGGUGAACCGCAGAGGAUCAGCUGAAAAACCUGUCAACGGCCCCGGCCGCUGACCAAUCAGAUCACAGGAAAGACUGAGUCAUCACAAUGUCGCCUUUCACACCUUUCACCUGAACGUGACGUAGACCCAGGCUGAGCCGCGAGAGCCACAUAAUCCCGAAACAAGCAGACUAAUCUGAGCUCGCGCCGUGGUCCAGGUCCCAGGUGCUGACAGACACAUUUACCUGCAGCAGCAGCAACAACAACAACAGUUUUCAUUUAUUCCCUCAUGAGUCACGUGUUUGUCUCGGACUUGGAUCAAAGACCCCGCAGUCCUUUCUUCAGGAUAAACCAGGAUCUGGAUCCAGCUUCACAGUUGUGAGGAUUUUGCCAUGAAAUGAAGAUUUCCUUCCUCUGAUGGAUUCCUGGUGUUUCUGGAGACAUUUAUGGGACAGAAAUGAUGAAGUCAGAGUCAAAGUGUGGACUGUUCUCUGCAGACAUCCAUCCUGUUCAGUUCCGUACACAAGGAAAACAGUGACGAGCCAACUAAGAGUCCCUGAACGCAGCACAGAGAAGCCCCGUCCCCUGUGACCGGCGGCUGCAGUGGUGCGUUCACGGUACUUUUUCUGGAGUGUUUGAAAGUUUUCAACAGAGGGAAGAAGAAAAAGAAGAAGAAGAAGAAGAAGAAGAAGAGGGGCGGAGAGUCCGAGCGGCUUCACACCGACAGCGGAGCUCGGAGGAGGAGGAGGAAUGGGCUGCAGCCACAGUAAGAAGAAAAGCAAAGGCAAGAAGGGAGAGAAGACACAGAAAGACAAGAGCCGCCGUGAUGACGGAGGUAAACGCCUGUCAGGUGAGCAGGACGUCUGUCUGGAGAAGCAGCUGGAGCGGUUCGAGUGGCAGCUGAGGACUUUAAAGGAAGUGCUCUCAGCCAAUGGGAACCCAGAGAGGGCGGAGCUUCUGAAAGACCACGCCGAUGAGGAGGUGUGCGCCCUCGUCCUGAGCAUCCUCGAUAAGGUGAAAACAGAGACGACAGCUGAUUUAAACGUCCUGCAUGAACAGAAAAGUCAAACUGUGACUGAGGAACAUGAGCGACAUGUGGAAGAGCUGCAGAAAAGACACGAACAAGAGAAAAGUCAACUGACAGAAGAGUUUCAUGCUGCUGAGGACGUCCUCAAGGGGGAGGUGGAGGAGCUGACACGGGAGCUGCAGGUUUACAACCAGCUGAAGAGGAGAGUCCAGGAGUCCACGUUCAAGAAAGACCUGCAGAGAAAUAUAAAGGCUCACGGCAGCCCAGGUGCAUUCUGGGAGUCGGAGCAGGAGUCUCUGCUGUUUGUCAUUGAGAUGAAGAGUGAGCGCGUGCAGGAGCAGAGCAGGAAGCUGCAGCAGAUGGAUGCUCUGUUGGAGAAGAAUUUGUCUUUGGAGGACCAGAUCGUCCACGUCCUGCAGCAGAACGAGGAUCUGAGAGUCCGGAUCGACAACUGCCAGACUCUCAUUCAGCAGUUAUCAAAGGAGCAGCAGGACAUGAAGGUGGCGCUGGAGAGGCAGGCAGCGGUAAACCAGAAGCUUUCUCAGGAAAAGGAGCAGCUGAUGUUCAAACUGCGACACAGAGACUCGUGUCCGACCAUCCACCUGCCCACCAUGGUGCAGGAGAUUGCACCGAGAUGACUCUGAUUACACCUGGACGUGGAUCCCGUGUGUCCUCCAUGUAGAUAGAACUGUACACGUGCCCAUAAUAAUUCUCACAGUAACAUGGAGUAGGCCUGGUUUACUCACUCAGACUGGGUGAGGUCCACAUGUCCUAACAACCAGGUUUAAAGGGUCCAGGUUUAAAGGCUCGAAAGCUGCAUCCUGUCUACAAUCAACGCUGAUUCAAAAACCAGUUUUAAUAGUUCUGUUUAACUGCAUCUCCACGGUUCUUCUGCUGCUGUGCAGUUGAGCGGGUUUAGCACUGAAACUGAUCCUGGACCCACAGACCCACAACAGCCACUGAGGUGUAACAACAGCAGCACAUACAUGGAGUCAAAGCUGGAUCCUGUGUUACACACUGUAUUGAGCCGGACAACAGUUUGGACCUCGGGUCGUCCUGGGUGAAGGUGCAGCUCCACUGAUCUGCUGUCUGUUCGUCUACGUUUGGUUUUUAAUUCUCUUCCAGAGGAGCCUCAGCUCACUGAUUCUUCUGGUUUGUUGAUGGCUGAAAUGUUUGGGAGCUGAAUUCUUCAGUUCAACCAAAAGGAAAAAAAGUUUUGUUUUGUUUAAGCAUUUUUUUAAAAACUGAGAUUGACAGAUCAGCGUGGCAGCACCUUCAGCGCUCGGUCGCUCCACAAACUUUCGUCAUGGACAGUAAGCUAAUGCAAUGACAGAGACGCACUGUUCCCUCCUGUCUGAUGAGCGAUGUCAGAUCGUGCUGCGUCUGUUUUGUGGUGCAGGUUAAACUGUACCAGAGCAGGGUUAAUUAAAACCAGGGGGUGUGACACAGCUAAUGCGAUAGCUUCCUCUGAUUGGACUCUCUGGUCCUCUGUUCCCUCAGCGCUCGUUAGUUAGCACUGUGAAGUUCACAGAAGUUGAACUCUUCAUAAAAACUCAGCACAGACCUGCUUCACGAACAAAUCCACUACUUAUUGCAGUUUGUUGUUUUUAUGUUUUUUUGUUUGAAAUGUUUUCUGUUUAUAAUAAUGCUGGUGUGACGGGGGCUUAGUGCCGUACAGCUCUACGAUCUACCCGUCUGCCAAUGUGCCUGAGACCAUAGUGGGGUGUAAGACACAAUGAUGUCGAGCUGGAGCUUCUGAGUUCAAACCAAGCCAGUCAGACAGUAAUCUCUAAGGCUUCUUCCAGAUCUGCUGUACUUUAUGUUAGAGGGUACCAGAGAGCAGGAGACCCCCUGAAGGUUUUACAGGUCCCCCCAGAGUCUGUUACUUGAGUGUGUAAGUGUCUAUUGGAGGUUGGAGUUGGCAAAACAAUAAGGAGUCAGUGAGUGUCUUAGAGAUAUUCACAAGAAAUCAUGACCUCUGAUUUUACAGAAGCAGGUUUCCCUCUGAUUGCAAACGAGGACCUAGAGGUUUGUCUCGCUCUACACACCUAGACGUCCUGCUGGAAAGUUUAGGUAUCUAAAUCCUGGAUUCACGAACUUAUCAAUAAACCAAACAAAGCUUGUCUGUGAUGCAGGUUCAGCAGAUUCAGACCCACUUAUACUGUGAUUUUCUAGUCUUGUUCAAACCCGAAGCCAAACAUUAAGUCUGUCUGUGUUUACGUCCUUGGUUUUACUGUUUCUACUCAUGUGCCUUCACAGCUUCUUCCCAAACAUCUCUGGAUGUUAGAUCCAGUUGAGUCCCUCUAACGUCCUGCUCUGUUCAUUGCAUCGUUUCAGUCUGUGUCUAAUGUAAAUCUACAGUCUUCAGGAGUAAAAAGCAGCUGUAAUGAGCCCUGAGUGUUUGAUGAGCCACAGAAUCAAAACAUUUCCUCAACAAAUCGUUGAUGUUCCAUUUUAUUCAGUAAAAAAUGACAACUAGCUAAAAGAGUGAAUCAUCGUGUCUUUGGUAACGUUGCUAACAUCUUGGCUUAAACGGUGCCAGUGUCAGUAACUGUGGAUUUGGAUCAUUAAUGUCGGUUUUCAGGUUUUAGCUCUCAAUACUUCAGGACAUACUUCUACAACUGAUGACAGACUUCAUAUUUGCUCCCCUAGCGCAUGCUAGCUAACAUGCUAACAUUAGAAUUUUAACAUGUUAAAUAACCUGUUUACAUGUAACUGCGUGUUUCAUGCAAACUGUGAUCGUGUUUAAAUCCAAAUAUGAUGAGUGUCGACAUGUCAACGUCCAUCUGUUUGUAAAAUGUGUGUUGACAUGCUGAUGUUAAGGUUUGGACAUUAGCUGUCAGAGCUCAGAGUCCAGUGUUCAGCUCCACGAGUUUUUCACCCGGUCAGACAGAUUGUGCGGUUGCUGGUGUAGUUGUUGACUUGUAGUGCACGGUCAUACCAGAAAGUGACUCACUAAACUAGCUAAACAUGUGGUCUGACGACAUGGAGGCUGUUUGUGGUGGUAGCUGGUGAGCUAGCUGCUAACACCUUAGCGAGUCAAAAUAGCUCCCCGAGCUAGCUUGCUUUCUGCCAGUGAAGGUUAAUGCUGUGCUCAUGUCAUACUGGAGUUAGCAUGAUUACUGGUUUCCAGCUUGUACACAUGGAAGUGUUCAAGUCAAAAUCUAAAGAACAGUUUCUUUGUGUUUACAGUGUGUUUCAGUGAGUUGGACGAGUUGUUUGAACGUUAUUACCCUCUCAGCUCUUUGUGACUGACCUUUAAAUGUAUUUCUCUUUAAAGUUAAAUAUGCGAACACGACAUGCGUCAACACCUGAAUCAUGAACUCAGGAACCAGUUUCCCUGAGAGCUCUGAUUUUCACGUUUUACACGAUAGAAGUGCCUGAAAGGCCCAACAACCGCAGGUCCCUCACAUCAGCUGAGAUCCACUCCUAUUUAAUGGACGCAGUGUUAUAUUGUCAGUCCACAGUAUUUUUAGCCUUUGGGUAACUGACCUUUACAACCAUCUGAAGUUGUCUGGUGUGGACGUGAACAUCAGAGGCCAGAGGUUUACUGACUGACUGCGUCUGUUCUGUGAGUUUAAUAACAGAACAGCGUCUCGGUUCUCGAUUCCCACACUCUGCUCUGUCACAAUGGUUUUUAUCAUGUUACUUCUUCAUGUGGCACCUUCAUCACAGUGAAUGGAAUUUUGUCAGAAGCUUCACGGUGUGACGGAGACUUCAGUCCUGUUACUCAUUCACAGCUUUGUUUACCUGUUUACCUGUUUGGUCUCAUGUUUAAAGCAUAUUUUAAGAUUUUCGUCAGCUACCUGACAAACAACCAGAGAACAAUAAUCACUGUAGACUUCCUGCCUUUGACAUCUUGACAUAUGUUGUUUCUUUUUAAAGAUGUGAAAAAUCUUGCCAUUUUGUCAGUUUAGUCUUUUUUUUGUGAACGAGACGAUUUAUGGAAUUAACGGGAUGUGAUGUUCGUAAUUGCCAAAAAAAAAAAGACCCAUCUGUCAGUGCUUUGACAGCUCUGUCUCCUUAUGCACUAGCACUUUGAACAGUAGUUUACCAGGAGUUUGUAUAAGAGAGGUUUUUUUUUUGUGUUGUAUAGUUUUGAAUUUUCUCAGCUUCUUACCUGUAAAAACGUAUUUUAUCUUUUCUUGGUUGGAGUCGAGUCCAGCUGCGUGUUUUCAGCGUGCCUUAGGUACACUCCCAGAUAUUUCCCUUUUUUUGUUUUUGGCUUCACUAAAUAAAAAACUGCAACUAA